CCACCAAUUGUAUUUUAUGGCAACACGAGAUCAAUUUAGACCUGUCGUUGAACAAAGAGACAUCAUGGCCGCAUCAAACAGCCGACGGGACUUGCCGUCAAAGUUAUGGGUCCCAAUUAUCGUUAUUGUCGUGGUAGUACUGCAAGUAGCUUCAACAACUGGACUCCUCGUCUUCUUGAACAUGUCAGUUGCUCAGGUAAGGUGUUUUUUUUUUUACCCAACAGCUGAUGUUUGCCUGACGACCAGAAAACGUAUGUUUAGGCUCUUCUGAUGGUUUUUUUCUCCAGCUCACAGUUGGUUCUCCAGAACUUCUGGUAGUCAGGAAAGUUAUGCCAACACAUUCAGAGUACAUACAUAAAAACAUUUAUGAAGUAUGAAGUUGCCUAUAUAGUCUUCUUGAGUGAUGCAUGGCAGUGAGUGAAGAACAUUUUAUUGGCCGACUGAUUUAUAAAUGACAUAUUAUCUAAUAAUUAAGAGUAUAUGAACUACCCUAUAAAAACCUUUUACAAAUACUCUAAAAAGCAGUAUUCUAGCUACAGAUAAUAAGUACACAUACAGUAGGCUACAUUAUUCUUCACCUCCUAAUCAGAACUAUACUGUAGUUUGCAGCAUACUUAUCCAGAGAGUAUACUUUCCCAUUUAGAUUGUAUGAUACCUGCUGAUUAAAAGUGGAAUCUGUCUACAUAAAGUAUCAGCAUACACUGAAGACGUUGUAACUGGAUGGAGAUGAAUAUGACUGUAAUAAUCAAUGUAGUCUGGAGCUGUCAGGUCUAAUCACUGUACUGAUUACAGGGGACAGAUUCUCCUCUCUCUGUAGCAUGGCAGGGGAUUGUUUGUUACCAUGAUGACAGAGCCUGUUAGCAGCACAAACAAAGAGCCAGUGAGUCACUAAUAUGAGCAUGGGGUCGAAGAAACAAACCCAAAUGAACCACAUUCCUCAGGGAAGAAAACACUCACAUUGGAUGUAACAAUGAAAGUUUAUGAAACAGGUAGUCACCAGGCAAAUACUUGUUGAGAGGGAAGGGAUUUGUAGUCCGCUGCAACUCAAUGCUAUGUCAAACGUUAUCAUAAGGCCUGACUAGCAAUGCAUUAAGUAUUGUACAAAGUCACGAAAGCUGCCAAGUUUAGAGUCAGCAAAGUUGUGUUAAGGUGUUGGCAAUGGGGGCAGGGAAAGGUGUGUUGUUCCACUUGCACACAAGCAGAGCGACCAAAUCAUGGACAGGACUGAGCUUGUACUGCUUUACUUCUACAAAUUAAAACCAGUUUCUGGAAACGUUUGCCAUUUGCAGUUAUCAUGUUGGAAAAAGUACAACUCCAGCAGUGUGACUAACAACACAGCACACGUCAAUAUCUAUGAAAAGCGGCACACUCUUUCUGGUCUGCGCCAUCAAGCCUGUUAGUUCAUCCUUAGAAAAUAGAACAAUGACAUUUCAAAACACUAAUGGAUAAGAUGUUAUGGCGAUACUAGGUCUAUAUUUUUUUGGGGGAAACCCAAAACAAAGUAGUUGCAUCCUUGUCCUCUAAUACAGAUACAGACAAAGAUACUUAAUCAUCCCUGUCCUGUGUGGGUUGUGCUGUGCAGGUGAGGAGCCAGGGGGUGGCUGAGGAGUUACGCUGCCUGGGGCUUCUGAAUGCCCUGGAGAAAGACCAGGAGAUACCUGAGUCUCUGGUUCAACUGUUUGGGGAGCCCUGCAUCAAAUUGGCCCAGGGAAUCAGGGCCUAUAUUACCAAGGUGGGUACCACCGGCUGUUUGAUGUGGCCAUGAUGUAUGUCUUUGUUCAACGACAGGUUUGAAUUGAUCUGAGUUGCCUUAAAGUCUACCCACUGGGCAUAAACGUCAAUUCAAUGUCUGUUCCAUGUUGGUUCAACGUAAUUCCUUUGAAAUGACGUGGAAACAACAUUGAUUCAACCAGUGUGUGCCCAGUGGGUAAUCUAAUUAUUGGAUGAGGAGGGGAACACCCACUCCGUCAUCCAUAAUGCGUUUGAGUGGGAGGGCUGCAGGAGCUAAACUGUCAAUGUCUUAGUUACACAGUUUGUUCAUUACAAACUAUUCAAAUACCUAUGAUGUUUGUGGAAGUACUACAUACACAUGGUUAUAGACUUCUUAACAAGGGAGAGAGUUAUUAUAGCAUUCACUUUUGCCUCACUCGUAACAUGCUGUAUUGACGUUUCUGAGCUCAGAGCUUAGUCCAGUGAUGGAAUUCUUCAGAACCUUACGUACAACAGCUUCCACCCUCAUCAGCAUUGUUGUUUAUAGAGGUAUAACCUCAGCUUGACCCCAAAUAUCAGACAGAGCUCCUCUCCGGAUAUGAGCUUUCCUGUUCCCAUGGUCCACAUUGCAUCAUACUCAAUUCUCUAGUUUACCCUUACGGAAUAAACACAUGAAUUUCACGUGAUCUUGUGUGAAGUCAAUGUGAUAACAUGUGACAACAUGUAAAGCAACAUGUGAUAACAUGAAACUACACGUGACAACAUGAAACUACAUGUGGCAACAUGAAACUACACAUGUGACAACAUGAAACUACAUGUGACAACAUUAAACUACAUGUGACAACAUGAAACUACACAUGUGACAACAUGAAACUACACAUGUGACAACAUGAAACUACAUGUGACAACAUGAAACUACAUGUGACAACAUGAAACUACACAUGUGACAACAUGAAACUACACAUGUGACAACAUGAAACUACAUGUGACAACAUGAAACUACACAUGUGACAACAUGAAACUACACAUGUGACAACAUGAAACUACAUGUGACAACAUGAAACUACAUGUGACAACAUGAAACUACACAUGUGACAACAUGAAACUACAUGUGACAAUGUGACAACAUGAAACUACAUGUGACAACAUGAAACUACAUGUGGUCCUCUGUAGCUCAGCUGGUAGAGCACGGCGCUUGUAACGCCAAGGUAGUGGGUUCGAUCCCCGGGACCACCCAUACACAAAAAUGUAUGCACGCAUGACUGUAAGUCGCUUUGGAUAAAAGCGUCUGCUAUAUGGCAUAUUUAUUUUAUAUUUUAUGUGACAACAUUAAACUACAUAUGUGACAACAUGAAAUUACACAUGUGACAACAUGAAACUACACAUGUGACAACAUGAAACUACACAUGUGACAACAUGAAACUACACAUGUGACAACAUGAAACUACAUGUGACAACAUGAAACUACACAUGUGACAACAUGAAACUACACAUGUGACAACAUGAAACUACAUGUGACAACAUGAAACUACACAUGUGACAACAUGAAACUACAUGUGACAACAUGAAACUACAUGUGACAACAUGAAACUACAUGUGACAACAUGAAACUACACAUGUGACAACAUGAAACUACACGUGACAACAUGAAACUACAUGAGACAACAUGAAACUACAGAUGUGACAACAUGAAACUACAUUUACAUUUACGUCAUUUAGCAGACGCUCUUAUCCAGAGCGACUUACAAAUUGGUGCAUUCACCCUAUAGCCAGUGGGAUAACCACUUUACAAAUAUAUAUAUAUAUAUAAUUUAUUUUUGUUGGGGGGGGAGGGGUAGAUUGAUUACUUUAUCCUAUCCCAGGUAUUCCUUAAAGAGGUGGGGUUUCAAAUGUCUCCGGAAGGUGGUGAGUGACUCCGCUGUCCUGGCGUCAAUAGUUUUGGAAAGAAAAGAAAGAAGGGAUACUGGUCUGUAGUUGUUGACAUCAGAGGGAUCGAGUGUUGGUUUUUUGAGAUGGGGUGCAACUCUCGCUCUCUUGAAGACGGAAGGGACAUAGCCAGCGGUCAAGGAUGAGUUGAUCAGCGAGGUGAGGUAGGGGAGAAGGUCACCGGAGAUGGUCUGGAGAAGAGAGGAGGGGAUAGGGUCAAGCGGGCAGGUUGUUGGGCGGCCUGCAGUCACAAGUCGCAAGAUUUUAUCUGGAGAGAGAGGGGAGAAAGAAGUCAAAGCAUAGGGUAGGGCAGUGUGAGCAGGACCAGCAGUGUCAUUUGACUUAACAAACGAGGAUCGGAUGUCGUCAACCUUCUUUUCAAAGUGGUUGACGAAGUCAUCCACAGAGAGGGAGGAGGGGGGGGGGGGGGGGGGGGGGGGGAGGAUUCAGCAGGGAGGAGAAUGUGGCAAAGAGCUUCCUAGGGUUAGAGGCAGAUGCUUGGAAUUUAGAGUGGUAGAAAGUGGCCUUAGCAGCAGAAACAGAUGAAGAAAAUGUAGAGAGGAGGGAGUGAAAAGAUGCCAGGUCCGCAGGGAGUCUAGUUUUCUUCCAUUUCCGCUCAGCUGCCCGGAGCUCUGGAGGGGAGGAUCGAGCCGGCCGGGAGGAUAGGGGACAUAGAGAGUCAAAGGAUGCAGAAAGGGAGGAGAGGAGGGUUGAGGAGGCAGAAUCAGGAGAUUGGAGGGAGAAGGAUUGAGCAGAGGGAAGAGAUGAUAGGAAGGAAGAGGAGAGAGUAGCGGGAGAGAGAGAGCGAAGGUUGCGGCGGCGCAUUACCAUCUGUGUAGGGGCAGAGUGAGUAGUGUUGGAGGAGAGCGAGAGAGAAAAGGAUACAAAGUAGUGGUCGGAGACAUGGAGGGGAGUUGCAGUGAGAUUAGUAGAAGAACAGCAUCUAGUAAAGAUAAGGUCAAGCGUAUUGCCUGCCUUGUGAGUAGGGGGGGACGGUGAGAGGGUGAGGUCAAAAGAGGAGAGGAGUGGAAAGAAGGAGGCAGAGAGAAAUGAGUCAAAUGAAGACGUAGGGAGGUUGAAGUCCCCCAAAACUGUGAGGGGUGAGCCAUCCUCAGGAAAGGAACUUAUGAAGGCGUCAAGCUCAUUGAUGAACUCUCCAAGGGAACCUGGAGGGCGAUAGAUGACAAGGAUAUUAAGCUUAAAUGGGCUAGUGACUGUGACAGCAUGGAAUUCAAAUGAGGAGAUGGACAGAUGGGUUAGGGGGAAAAUUGAGAAUGUCCACUUGGGAGAGAUGAGGAUUCCUGUGCCACCACCCCGCUGACCAGAUGCUCUCGGGGUAUGCGAGAACACAUGGUCAGACGAGGAGAGAGCAGUAGGAGUAGCAGUGUUUUCAGUGGUAAUCCAUGUUUCCGUCAGCGCCAAGAAGUCGAGGGACUGGAGGGUAGCAUAGGCUGGGAUGAAGUCUGCCUUGUUGGCAGCAGAACGGCAGUUCCAGAGGCUGCCUGAGACCUGGAACUCCAGGUGUGUGGUGCGUGCAGGGACCACCAGGUUAGAGAGGCAGCAGCCACGCGGUGUGAGGCGUUUGUGUAGCCUGUGCGGAGAGGAGAGAACAGGGAUAGGCAGAGGCAUAGUUGACAGGCUGCAGCAAAUGGCUACAAUAAUGCAGAGGAGAUCGGAAUGAAAUGAACUAAACAUCUGGGAAAGGAGAGAGCGGGGCCUCCCUCACCACAACUCCCAAAUAUAACUCUCCCAACUUCCACCUCAGAAACUAUAAUUGUUUCACUGAAACACCAGAAUAUAACUCUCCCAACUUCCACUUUAGAAAUUAGAAUUGUUGUAAACUACAGCGGUUCAAUGUUUCUAGGAAUAGACUCUAACUUACUUUAUUCAGCUAGCUAACUUGGUACAGUAUUCUUCCAUGAAAACCGCCCAGGGCACCGUAUCCUAUGACGCCAUAGCUAACUAGCAUGAUAGCAUCCAAUAACACACGGUUUAGCACCAAUACUUGGUUACAACAAACUACCAAUAGUGUGUUAACACACUAAACAGAUAAUUCGUGUCCAGUUCCUUUCAUAACGCAGCACUAAUUAAACGUUGGCUAGCUAGCAGAAAGUCAGUCAUGCUAGCUACACAAGUGGACUACACAUCUCGAAUGUUCAGAAAGGGAAGCUUUAUGUUGCAAAAUUCUCAUUGACAAAAAUUAUAUUGGAUUUAGCUGCUACAGUACUGCUAGCUGGUAGUGUUGGCUAGCUAGCAAUGGCUGUGGUGUUGACUUUGUUUGAAAAACGGCGUCGCUGCGAACGAGUGUAGCUGGCUAAAAUGAUAUUGUAUUUAAUUGCUACAGUACUGCUAGCUGGUAGUGUUGGCUAGCUAGCAAUGGCUGCUGUGUUGACUUUGUUUGAAAAACGGCGUCGCUGCGAACGAAUGUAGCUGGCUAAAAUUAUAUUGUAUUUAGUUGCUACAGUGCUGGUAGCGUUGGCUAGCUAGCAAUGGCUGCGGUGAUGACUUUGUUUGAAAAACGGCGUCGCUGCGAACGAAUGUAGCUGGCUAAAAGGAUAUUGUAUUUAGUUGCUACAGUACUGCUAGCUAGCAAUGGCUGCGGUGUUGACUUUGUUUGAAAAACGGCGUCGCUGCGAACGAAUGUAGCUGGCUAGCUAACCUCGAUAGUUUCUCUAUACUACACCUUUAUCUUUGAUACAAAUACAACCAUGUAGCUAGCUAACAUUACACUAAUCAAAUCGUUCCAUUGUAAUGUAAUGUGUCAUAUUACCUGCGGAGCGAAGUACAGCAUGACUACUCACCUCGCCUCCUCUCCACAGAUGUGACAACAUGAAACUACAGAUGUGACAACAUGAAACUACACAUGUGACAACAUGAAACUACAUGUGACAACAUGAAACUACACAUGUGACAACAUGAAACUACACAUGUGACAACAUGAAACUACACAUGUGACAACAUGAAACUACAUGUGACAACAUGAAACUACACUUGACAAGGGCCAGGGGCACAUAUGUGCAUUAGUAGCUGCAGUGAGAGAUGGGAAAGGUUAUGUGGUCAUAUGAAAAUCCAUAUGAAACUGCAUGUGAAAUAUCAUCACAUGUGAAAUGUUCCAAAAACACAUGGUUUCACAUGAUUUCACGUGAAAUAAAAAUGUACAUGUUCAAAACAUGUUAAAUUAUGUGGCUUUUCCUUAAGGGUAGAACCUUGGCAGUGUCUGAUUCAGUCAAACCUUGCAGUGCUAAAUAGGUAAAGCUGUAAGAAUCAUCCUUCAUGGUCUCUUUCUGUCAUAGAUCAUGAUCAAGGGGUGGGUGGGAGUAGUUGUUGAGAGUGCAUGGGGAUUCAGCUUCAAAGAGCACAGCUGUUUUUCAUUAUUUCAGUUGAAAAACUAGUCGAGGCAUAACAAGUCAGUCGCACAUCUGGUCUGUCUCCUCCAUGUGUUUUUCCGUGAAAUCUAGGGAGUGAGAUAAUUUACUGGGAUGUGUCCAGGUCCCAAUAAAACGUGUAACCCUCUCGACUUUGUCAAAAGUGUUCAGCAUGAAAUUGGAAUGACAAAGAAUCGGAUUGCUCAACAGAAAUGCUGCACUGCAUGUCAUAGAUAGGCUGUACUAUACUCUGUGCUGAGGGUUCACUAUUGAGGUCUAUGCCACAUCUUAAAAAGGGGUUUUGUCUUUCAGGUGACAGAAAGUAUUAUUUCAAAACACGCCGUUCCAGGUAAUCAUCCAUCCAUCCAUCAAUCAUCAUCAUCGUAGCAUAUCUUAUGUACAGUUGAAGUCAGAAGUUUACAUACACUUAGGUUGGAGUCAUUAAAACUCAUUUUUCAACCACUUCACAAAUUUCUCGUUAACAAACUAUAGUUUCAGCAAGUCGGUUAGGACAUCUACUAUGUGCAUGACACAAGUAUUUCUUCCAACAAUUGUUUACAGACAGAUUAUUUCACUUAUAAUUCACUGUAUCACAAUUCAAGUGGGUCAGAAGUUUACAUACACUAAGUUGACUGUGCCUUUAAACAGCUUGGAAAAUUCCAGAAAAUGAUGUCAUGGCUUUAGAAGCUUCUGAUAGGCUAAUUGACAUCAUUUGAGUCAAUUGGAGGUGUACCUGUGGAUGUAUUUCAAGGCCUACCUUCAAACUCAGUGCCUCUUUGCUUGACAUUAUGGGAAAAUCAAAAGAAAUCAGCCAAGACCUCAGAAAAGAAAUUGUAGACCUCCACAAGUCUGGUUCAUCCUUGGGAGCAAUUUCCAAACGCCUGAAGGUACCACAUUCAUCUGUACAAACAAUAAUAUGCAAGUAUAAACACCAUGGGACGCAGCCGUCAUACCGCUCAGGAAGGAGACGCGUUCUGUCUCCUAGAGAUUAAUGUACUUUGGUGUGAAAAGUGCAAAUCAAUCCCAGAACAACAGCAAAGGACCAUGUGAAGAUGCUGGAGGAAACAGGUACAAAAGUAUCUAUAUCCACAGUAAAACUAGUCCUAUAUCGACAUAACCUGAAAGGCCGCUCAGCAAGGAAGAAGCCACUGCUCCAAAACCGCCAUAAAAAAGCCAGACUACGGUUUACAACUGCACAUGGGGACAAAGAUCGUACUUUUUGGAGAAAUGUCCUCUGGUCUGAUGAAACAAAAAUAUAACUGUUUGGCCAUAAUGACCAUCGUUAUGUUUGGAGGAAAAAGGGGACUGCUUGCAAGCCAAAGAACACCAUCCCAACCAUGAAGCACGGGGGUGGCAGCAUCAUGAUGUGGGGGUGCUUUGCUGCAGGAGGGACUGGUGCACUUCACAAAAUAGAUGGAAUCAUGAGGAAGGAAAAUUAUGUGGAUAUAUUGAAGCAACAUCUCAAGACAUCAGUCAGGAAGUUAAAGCUUGGUCGCAAAUGGGUCUUCUAAAUGGACAAUGACCCCAAGAAUACUUCCAAAGUUGUGGCAAAAUGGCUUAAGAACAACAAAGUGAAGGUAUUGGUGUGGCCAUCACAAAGCCCUGACCUCAAUCCUAUAGAAAAUGUGUGGGCAGAACUGAAAAGGCAUGUCCGAGCAAGGAGGCCUACAAACCUGACUCAGUUACACCAGCUCUGUCAGGAGGAAUGGGCCAAAAUUCACCCAACUUAUUGUGGGAAGCUACAAAAUACUAAUUGAGUGUAUGUAAACUUCUGACCCACUGGGAAUGUGAUGAAAGAAAUAAAAGCUGAAAAAAUCAUUCUCUCUACUAUUAUUCAGACAUUUCACAUUCUUAAAAUAAAGUGGUGAUCCUAACUGACAUAAGACAGGGAAUUUCUACUUGGAUUAAAUGUCAGGAAUUGUGAAAAGCGGAGUUUAAAUGUAUUUGGCUAAGGUGUAUGUAAACCUCCGACUUCAACUGUAUCCAAUAUCCACUCCUGGUGCUACCGUUCUCUCACUGCUAUGCUCCUUUUCAGAACCCAGCGCCCAGCCAAGAACCAAGCCAGUCAGUGCUGUAGGGCAUCAGAAGCCCUCUGCUCAUCUCACACUCCGAGACAGUGGCUUACAGGGUAUGUGAGACUAGUAUGUUUGUGCUUGCUUGUUCAUUUGGUGGGACAUUCGCUUUUGUCAGAAUAUUUUUGAUUUAUUUUAAUCUAAUGUAAUCUAAUGUUUUUAUGCUGGGAUAAAAUUGCAGAAUGUCAGUCAAUUUCAACAGUAUAGCAUUAAAAACACUGUACUAAUAUCAAACAUCUGCAGGGCCAGCUCUAGCCUUUUGGGGGCCCUAAGCAAGAUUUGAUUGGGGGGCCCCGCAACUCACGGCAAACAUUUUGGUGGCCCCCCUCUUGACGGUGUAGAGAAAUAUUUAAGUUUUAGUUAAUUUCCUGCAAUUCUACACAUUUUGCCAUGGAGCAUAGAGAAAAUGUUGCAGUUUUAAAGUAAGUUUUCUGCAAUUCUGCACAUUUUGCCAUGCAUCCGGGAACCGGCCCUGAACAUCUGCAAAGACCAUCUGAGCAAAUAAAGGCUUAGGUGUGGCAUCACUCAUCUCAACACAUCACCGAAACCAAUUCACUGAAACUGUGUCAUGAUCUCACAUAAACUUCAGACUUCACAGACAGGGCGCUGUUUUCAAAUUCAGAUCACCAGCAAUCUCUCUGAUCAUGUAUCCAAGAACGCAGUAAUGUUGUCCUCAUGAACAAAUACGUCAGAAUAGCUGAUACUUAUGUUUCUUGACUGAAUUUUUUCUCUUCCUCUUUCUCCCGUCCAAUCCACCUUACUGCUGUUUUCCUGCUGCACGGAUUUCACCAAAGUUAAAGAGAUCCUUGUUAAAGGAAUCCAGUUAGCUAUAGGCCGACUCAUCUUUGAGUCUACAGUAAUAAUGCUUUGAAUGGACUGUCUGUAUUGACAUAUCUUCCUUUGACCUCCUUAUAGGCCCUAUAUCCCUGGCACCUCAGAAAGACCUGCAUCAGUCCUGCCGCCACCCAGUCCGGUCCUGGGGUAACCAGAGUUUCGGCUCCCAUCUCCACAACAUGACCCUGUCUCACGGGCGCCUCCGCAUCCCCCGGUCCGGACGCUAUUACCUGUAUGCCCAGGUGUACUUCCGCUACCCCUCCCUCACCCACGAGGGGGGUAACCACCAUGGGGGCACCUCCAGCUACCAGCUGGUCCAGUGUGUUUACAAGAAGACGUCAUACGCCAGGCCCCUUCAGUUGCUGAAGGGGGUGGGCACCAAGUGCUGGGCGCCUGACACUGAGUAUGCCCUCCACUCUGUCUACCAGGGAGGCCUGUUUGAGCUGAGGGCCGGGGAUGAGAUCUUUGUUUCUGUGUCGUCGCCUACAGCCGUGCAUGCAGAGGACUCAUCCAGCUAUUUUGGGGCGUUCCGGUUUGACCCAUGA